GGGCUGGAUGCUGCCGCUGGACGGGCUGUGCCGGGGAGCACUCGGGGCUGAGAGUUGAAGAUGGCAGAGCCAGAAAGCACAGUCAUAAACACCAAUGUAAAACAGAAAGACCCCAGCAGGGCGUUGGUCAUUGCUGUGACCACCAGAGCCAUCUUCAACCUGGAGGAGGAGCACAAGCUCUACCUGGAGAAGGGCAAGGAGGAGUACACAAGGCACCAGCAGGCCAACCAGGACAAGCCCCUGCCACCUGGCACAGCCUUUGCCUUCAUCCAGGCAGUGCAGUAUGUUAACAAGAAGAUCUUGGAGAGCAACCCAGCAGAGAGGGACCUCUUUGACAUCCUGGUGCUCUCCAACAACAGCCCAGAGAGCGGCGUGCGCAUCAUCAACAGCGCCAAGCACUACGGCCUGGAGAUCUCAAAGUUCUGCUUCGUCAGUGACGAGGACUCCACACAGUACCUGAAGUCCCACGGUGUCAAGCUGUUCCUCUCAGCUGACAGGACAGAUGUCUGCAAUGCCCUCCGGAGAGGGGUCUCAGCAGCGCUCGUCUUCCAGCAAGAGGUGCAGGCCCCCAGCACUCCACUCCGUGUGGUGUUUGACGGGGAUGCCGUGCUCUUCUCCGACGAGACAGACCAGAUCUUCCAGGAGCAGGGCCUGGAGGGAGCAGUGCAGUACGAGCGGGCGAUGGAGGCCAUCCCCAUAGGAGAGGGUCCCCUGAAGGCUUUUGCCAUGCACCUCGGGAAUAUGCGUAAGAAGUUUGGCCAGGAAAAGUCCCCGAUCCGCACGUACCUGGUGACAGCCCGCAGCGGGCGGGACAUGGGCAUCCGAGCCAUCAAGACACUCCGGGAAUGGGGUCUGCCCAUCGACGAGGCUUUCUUCAUGGAUGGGGCUCCCAAGGGCCCCAUCCUCGCCCAGAUCCAGCCUCACAUUUUCUUCGAUGAUGGGCUUCAUAACAUCCAAGGGGCUCAGAAUGUGGGGGUACCCUCUGCCUGGGUCCCCUCCUGCUGCUGAUAGGCUGCAUGCCAGCAGUCCUCCCUCCCAGUGACAUAGGGGACUUGGUCAGUUGGAGCCAACACUUCUGGUGGACAAGGAAAGAUUUCCUAACGUGCAGCAAGCAAAUCUCAGGGAAAGGGGAUGAGAGCAUGGACUCCCAUGCAAAGCUUGAUGCAUAUUUCUGCUCCUGAUGAGAGGUCCUCUACAUCUUAGGAUAAAGCCAAAAGACACAACUGCUCCAGGACAGGAGGACACUUCUGCUGUGACACUGAGGACUACACCUACCUGCCAUGUAGGACCUGAGGACUUUGCUCAAAGAAAUAAGUGAAGCAAAUGCCACGCACACAAGCUGAAGGAAACAAGAAAAAAAUGCUAGUUUUGGCUGGGCUCAGAGUCUCCAAGAUGGAGCAACACAAGGACAUCAGCCUGUUAAGCCAAGUCCAGAGGAGGGUGACCAAGAUGAUUAAAGGGAUAGAGCAUCUCUCCUCUGAA